AUGUCCGUAUUCGUCAACAACACAGUAACCAGACUACAGCUGUACAUGAAGCAGCUUACAAAUUCACUGGACGAGACAACUACUCAAAUAGUGACCUCAAUCCCUCGGGUGCUUCAAGAUGCGUCUUCCCUCCAGUUAGAAGGCGCGCUGCUACAGCAGAGACUCCUGUCUCUGGAGCAGAUGGUGCGGGACGUGCAGGAACAGACUGGACACUCCAUUGAGAGCCUGCAAAGGACCGAUCAGCUCAAGAGCCGGCUAGAGAAUGCAGCGUCGACUCUCCGUGAAGCCGACAAGUGGGCGGCGUUAGCGGCGUGGCUUGAAGACGUUUUGGAGGCAGGAGUGCCGACUAGAAGUAAUGAGCUACAGGAGUUAGCUGGGAGAGUGGCGGCCAUGACAGCUAGCUUGGAGGUGCUAAGCGAAGCCCCGGAUUAUGAGAGCAAACGUCUGCAGCUGGAAACACUAUACAACAGGCUAGAGGCAGCCAUAACCCCGCCUUUUAUUGAAGCACUCACACAGAUGGACGCUGACCGCACCUCCGUCUACGUGUCCCUUCUAACUGGUAUGUCUCGCGGCGCCCCGGCUCGGCGCUGCUGGCGGAGAGCGGCGGCGGCGCGGCUGGCGGCGGGCUGGCGGCGGCUCGAUGCACACAGCUCGCCGGCGCUCACACAUUUGCUGGCUGCAGACGCUAACAAGCAGGUGGAAUGGCUAACCAACGUACUGAAAGCUGACACGCCUUUGGGGGAACUAAUACGUUUGUACACUGACCUGCUGCUGUCACUCGAACCACCUCCGACUAAAGUGGCCUCAGCGAACUUCAAACUGUGCUCGACGCCUGAAGAAGGCAUCAAUCUGCUGACCGACUUGAGGAGAGACAUAGAUGAGUUCAUCGCCUUCAUCAGGAAUGUCAUUGACGCGCCUAGGUCGAAUAAAGGUGAAUCAUCGUCAUCCCGAACACUAAAGCUCAUAGAUAAGCUCUUUUUCGUCAUCAUCAG